CUUUAUCGAUUGCAUUGAGAACAGCUGUCGUUUGGAUUACGAGAUUGUAAAUAGGAAUUUCGAAAUAUAUAUUUUGGCUGUGAAAUCGUCUGUUAAAUGGCUUUCCUACUGAGACAAGUGGGCAGGACGGGCCUGCAGAGAAAUCUCCUGCUGAUGCGGCACGUCUCCGCCUCCGUAUCCGCCAAACCCGAACUCAGUGUCCAAGUGAGCGAGAGUUGCCUGAAGCGACUCCGCGAGAUCUGCGUGGACGGAUCAUUUCUCCGAAUUACCGUCGAGGGCGGUGGAUGCUCCGGCUUCCAAUACAAGUUCGAUUUGGACUCUAAGCUCAACGAGGAUGAUCGGGAGUUUGGCGAGGGCCAGGCCAAGGUGGUGAUAGACACCAUAUCCCUGGAGUACUGCAGCGGCGCAACAGUUGACUACCACAGCGAGCUAAUCCGUGCCGGAUUCCGCAUGGUGGCCAACCCGCUGGCGGAGCAGGGCUGCUCCUGCGGCUCCUCCUUCUCGAUCAAGUUGUAGUGAUAAGCGCCUGUUACUCAAUGUUUAAACUUUAGAGAAUUAUUUAAUACACAUAGAAUGUUCAGUUA